CUUAGUUUAUAUUAAUUAAUUAACUCUAAAAGAUUUUCUUUAUUUUUUUGUCAAAGUCAAAUUAUGUUAUCAAUGAUAAUAAAUAAAAAAAUAACGUUAGAAAGUGUAAUUAAUCAAACAAAAUCUAUUAUUUAAGUAAAAUUUUCAAAAUGAAAUAGCAUUAAUUGUUUCUUUUUUGUAGAAAAAAUAGUAAUAUUGCCAAGAAAUUCAAGACUACAAGAUUUAAAAAUCUUCAUUUCUUUUUUAAAUUCUGUGCCUAGUUAAAAUAUUUCACGGAAUUGAGGAGUAUUAAUUAUGACCCCUAAAAUAAAAAUAAGAAUAAAAACAAAUAAUUCACGUUAGCCAUGAGGAAACCCCUGCAUAUUCCAUGUGAAUUAAAACUAUAAAUACAAGCUGUUAGUUUCAAUUUAGUCCAACAAUUAUGACUAAGUUAACAAUCUUUGUUUUUCUCUCAAUUUUGUUUUCAUCAUCAUCAUAUUCAUGGCCCAAUAGAACUCAUAUUGAUGACUUUCUUCAAUGCCUUACUCACAAAAUGAAAAACUCAAACUCAAUAUCACAAGUCAUACACACUCCUAAAAAUUCAUCAUAUUCCGACCUUUUUAACUCCUUUUUUUCAGAUAAUCAAAGGAUAAACUCCAACUUUAAACCAUCAAUCAUUUUCACUCCUACCAAAGAAUCUCAAAUCAAGGCAGCUAUACAUUGCUCUAAGAUGCAUGACCUACAAAUUAGAAUUCGAAGCGGUGGACAUGACCAUGAGGGACUUUCAUACACUUCGGACACCCCUUUUUUCAUAAUUGAUCUUAGAAACCUUAGAUCAAUAUCCAUUGAUACGCGAAAAAAGACUGCUUGGGUUCAAGCUGGCGCGACCAUAGGGGAACUUUACUAUAGAAUCGCGGAAAGAAGUAAAAAAUUAGCCUUUCCUGCUGGGGUUUGCCCUAAUGUUGGUGUUGGUGGACACUUUAGUGGUGGAGGCUAUGGUAUGUUGGCAAGGAAAUUUGGUAUUGCUGCUGAUAACGUCAUUGAUGCAAAAUUAAUUGAUGCUAAUGGACGUAUCCAGGAUCGAGAAUCAAUGGGUGAGGAUCACUUUUGGGCUAUUAGAGGAGGUGGAGGGACUAGUUUUGGUCUCAUUAUCUCAUAUAAAAUAAAAUUAGUUGAUAUUCCAGAAAAAGUAACUGUAUUCAAUGUGACACGAAUGUUGGAACAAAAUGCAACUCAUCUAGUCUACAAAUGGCAACAUAUCGCGGACAAAGUUGAUGACAGUCUCCUCCUCAGGCUCUUCCUGAGGAGCAAUAUUUCCUCUCCAUUCAAGCGCGGACAAAGGAGUAUCCACGCCAUAUUCUUUACCCUGUUUGUUGGAGGAGUAGAUGAACUCCUCCGCGAAAUGCAAAACAUCUUCCCUGAACUAGAAUUAAGGAAAGAAGAUUGCGUUGAGAUGAGUUGGAUUGAAUCAAUUAUCUUCUUCUAUAUCGGUUACCCUAAGGGCACAUCACCUGAUGUGUUACUAAAUUGGAAUACGACAACUAAAAAACGUUUGUAUUUCAAAUUGAAAUCAGACUAUGUGCAACACCCAAUUUCUAUAAAGGGUAUUGAAGGUAUAUGGAAACUAUAUAACAAAUUGGGCGAAAAUGCAGGCGCUGAAUUACAGUUUAGUCCUUAUGGAGGAAAGUUGAGUGAGAUAGCAGAAUCUGAAACUCCUUUUCCUCAUAGAGCUGGAAAUAAAUUCAUAAUCGAGUAUGCGGCUUUUUGGGUGAAGAUGGAAAAUUCUAAGAAAAGCAUAGAAUGGAGUCGAAAAACUUAUCGAUACAUGGGUAAGUAUGUAUCGAAAUCUCCUAGAGCAGCUUAUUUCAACUAUAGAGAUGUUGAUUUAGGAGUGAACAAUAUAAAUGGAAACACAAGCUAUGAACAAGCAAGAAUUUGGGGAGUGAAAUAUUUCAAGAACAAUUUUGAUAGAUUGGUGAAAAUCAAGACUAAAAUUGAUCCAACAAAUUUCUUUAGGAAUGAACAAAGUAUUCCUCCUCUAUUAUCUUAAGCUUAACUUGUUCUUGAGAAAAUCAUUAUUUAUGGUAUAUAUAAUAACUUGUUCUUGAGAAAAUCAAGGUACGACAAUAAGUUUCUAAUGAAAACUUAUGGAGCGCGUAUAAAUAGUUAUAGUAAAUUCUUUGAAUAGAUUGUGAUUUGUAAUAAGUAUGGUGAAAUUUAUUUCUCAAAGUGGUUGUAUCAAAUUGUAAUAAAAAUAUGAAUAAGAACAUAUUAUAUUCAAGCUCAUCAUCCAACACUCCAAAAAUGUUUAGCAACAUGUAAGCAGCUGAAGGUGGGCCCCGCAAGAAUGAGGGCCUUCACUUUAGCAAUCAGAAAAUUCAGCCAACUUACAAAUCAUCGAAUUGAUCUUCGAGAUUCGUUUGAAAUCCUGUACACACAAAUUGUUUAAGUAUAUUAAUUAUACUCGAUGUUUCAGAUUUUAUAAAAUCGUCGAUAGAAGAAUUUGAGGUUUUCUUUUAUCUAACAUAGGUGAAAGUCACGAGAAAUGAACAUAAUGCUUAUGCCUAAAAGAUCAAAUCAAGUUCGGGAUCUCUAAAAAUUUAACCAACACCUCACCUAGUUCUAAAAUCAUCCAAUGAAUACAAUGGUAUUUUUGGAAUUUCGGACCGAGCAUUUAAACUCCUAACGUUGAUGAAAGUCAAUCCAAAUACUAAACUAAGAACCUCAAAUCCUCAAAAAGCCUUCAAAUGUAAAACCGACAACCUUCGUUGACCGAUUUUCACAUUUUAGGACGGAUGGAAUUGUCGAAAUGGCUUGAAACUCCAAAAGACUCCAAAAACCGUUAUUAAGCCUUUCAAACACAAAACUUAUAUUAUUCACAACUCUUAACUCAACCCUCGAAGCCAACUCUUAAAACUCAAUCGGAAAUGACUCAGGGUCAUUAUUGAGAGGGGCAAAACAAUUAUUUUAUAAAGAUUUUAAAAAAUGACCAACGUAACUGGGUCAUUACAGUAUCAAAAAAUUACGAGGUCUCGUGUUCAUGUUUCAAUGAAAAUAAAAAAUAGUUCUUAUUUCGUCACAUAUAUCUAAGCUUAUAUAUAAUAAUAGGAGAUAGUAGCUAAGUGUCCAAAUAAAAUAAAAAUAAUUUAAUUAGGUGUGCGUAAGUCAAUUCCAACCCCACCACCCAAUCCCAUGCAACUUGUUGUUAUUGAAAGAUUAAGAAAGUAAUAUUCCAUAUAUAAACGAUCAAUUUGUAUAAAUUGUUCUAUAAUUAAGUCGUAUACUUGUAACUAUACUUAACAGCCUUACUUAGAUGUUAACUAUACUUAACACCCUUAAUUAAGUCGUAUACUUGUAACUAUAAUCAAGUUCUACACAUCUCAUUUCUCAAUAAUAUCACACGAUACGGAAUCGUUAAGCGGUAUGAAUGCAUUGAAGAGUCGUUCUAUAGCUAGUAAAUAAAAGACAAUUUAUUCAUGUAUUAAUUACUCCAUAAGUUAUAUAACGUUUGGAAGCUAGCUAGUUAUUAAGUAUUACUCAUCCAUAUAUCAAAUAAAUACGCCUGUUUGAUUUGCAAUUUAAGCACCCGCUUACCUAAUGUAUGUAAAAGUU